CUGGGAACUGAGAAAUUGGAAAAAGUGAUGGCGGCAUUGAGGUGUUUGGAGUGUGAUUACCCAUUAAUUGACUCCGAUUUCCGCAAUUUCUGUGCUUCUCACAACAUUAUUUCAGUUGAAGAUUUUCUCCUGCAUGAUCUUUAUGUGUUAGUGAUUUCAACCGAACAGCAUCAUAAUUCUGAGAGAUUGAAGGAGGGAAUCACUCAGGUUCUGACUAUCAUUAACAAGCAGCAUCAACCAUGGGUAGAUGGUCAGGAGUUGUUGGAUGAUGCUUUACAGAAUAAGCGCUUCUUACCUACUGGAUGCAGAAGCAUAGAUACAUUUCUUCAUGGUGGAUUAAGAGAGGGAUAUCUAACGGAGCUAGUUGGCACAUCAUCCUCUGGUAAAACACAAAUUUGCUUACAAGCUGCUUCAGCUGUUGCAAAAAGCUGGGGCAAAAUCGUUUUCGUGGACUCUGGAAAUUCUUUCUCUCCAAAACGUGUUGCUCAAAUUGUCACUCAAACAUCAGAUCUUUCUGCCUAUGAGGUGGACAAGUCCCUUCAACAAGUAAUGAAAAACAUAGUAUGUUUCUCAGUGUUUGACAUUUUUACACUGUUUGAAGUGCUUCAUCAGCUAAAGAACAAUCUCAGAUCUCAGAAAGAUGAGCACAUAAGAAUGCUUAUCAUCGACUCAAUAUCAUCACUCAUUGCACCAAUUCUUGGAGGUGGUGCGCAUGGACAUGCUUUAAUGCUUUCAGCGGGAUUUUUACUAAAACGAUUGGCACAUGAACAUGAUAUCUCCAUUUUGGUCACGAAUCACAUGGUGGCUGGUGAGAGAGGUACUUCCAAGCCAGCACUUGGAGAGAGUUGGAGAAGCAUCCCGCAUGUUAGGCUUCUGCUAUCCAAAGACCGCAUUAGUAAUAUCAGCAGCAUAUCAGUACUUAGACACCCACACAUGGCUACUGGAGAUAGAGUGGAGUUCGAGUUACAAUGACAUCAGGCUUUAUAAUGCCUGACAUUUUUAUCAAAAGUGUCAACUUGAUGCCGCUGCAUCGUGGGAGAAAUGUCAACUAAGGUUGCUGUUGG